AUGGUUUUCACUGCUUAUCCUCCGAAUGUUAAAUACAUUGCCAACUCUCACUUCUCCAACUACCUAAAAUGUAAAAUGCUUAAAAACAUAUUUAAUGAUUUCUUUGGAAAUGGGAUAAUCAAUACAGAUGAUACCUGGAAGUUCCAGAGACAAAUGUUAAGUCAUGAAUUCAACUCCACAUCUCUGCGCAAGUUCGUCGAAAAAGUUAUUAAAAUCAAAAUAUUCCAUCGAUUGAUUCCCUUUCUCUCAAUGACAGCUGAAAAUAAUUCUGAGCUUGAUCUUCAAGAUAUCUUCCAAAGGUUUAGUUUCGAUACGAUUUGCAAGCUUUCUUUUGGGUAUGAUCCAAGCUACCUUUCACCAUCACCGAGAAAAAUAGAUGUUGCAGUUGCAUUCGAGGACUCUACCAGAAUAACGGGUGAACGUAUUGCUCAAAUUAUCCCUUUAGUUUGGAAACUUAAGCGAUUUCUCAACAUAGGAUCAGAAAAGAUACUUAAACAAGCAACCGCAACAAUCCAGGAAUCUGCAAGAAAAAUUAUAAGGCAAAAGAAACAUGAACUGAAGGAGAAUUUUUCUCUAGAGACGGCUACUGAUGAUCUCUUUUCAAGGAUGGUUAAAGACGGAAAUUUAGAUGAAGAUUUCAUGAUUGAUGUUGCCAUAGCUUUCAUUUUAGCAGGUCAAGAUACCACUUCAGCGUCCUUGACAUGGUUUUUCUGGUUGGUUUCUUCCAAUCCCGAAGUAGAGAAAGAGAUGCUGAAGGAGAUAAACCAAAUAGGUAACGAACCAGGUUAUGAUGAUGUCAAGGACAUGGUUUAUAUUCAUGCAGCACUUUGUGAGAGCAUGAGGUUGUACCCACCAGUACCUGUCGAGAGUAAAGAAGCAGAAAAUGAUGACAUUUUACCUGAUGGAACGAUUAUAAAGAAGGGGAUGACAGUCCUACAUUCUUCUUAA